CCUGGGGCUGGUACCCCCAUGGAAGCGCGUGUCUCGACCUGAAGCUUCCGGUUGUUUUGUUUUGAUUUGAUUAGAACAAGCCAGCUCCAGCCGCCUGCACCAGUGUCAUUUUAUCACUGCAGGCCCCGCCUUGUCGGCCCUCUCCCUAAUGAGGUGUCACUGUCUCUGGAGUGUGUGUAGCCUCUGCCUGCCACCAGUGAGUGUGUCUGCACCAUCGGCCUGUUCGUGCGAGUGUGAAAGGGGCUUGAAAAGCAGCCAGCCAGAGCCAAGGAGAGGAGCAGAGAAGUCCCGGGCAAACAGCCAGCGCAGCUGCAGGACUUCAGACUCUGCCAGAACUCAGCGCCUGCAGCCUUUCCCAGGAGAGGAUGGCGGAAAAUACAAAAACUCCCUGGGCUGAAUUAUUUUCCCAUUGGGGCAGCAAAUUGCCUGGUCUGUCUGAGGAGGAAACGGAAGAAUUUUGUGCUGCAGUGAAAACUGGGAGCCUUGCCAAAGCCGUAGGUGUGGUGAAGAAGUCUGAUGAGCUGUUAAAAAAAACCCAACUGAACAUUGGUGUCAUAGGGGACACAGGCACUGGGAAGUCGUCUUUCAUCAAUGCCAUGAGAAGCCUGAAUGACGAUGACAAUGGUGCAGCCAAGACUGGGGUUACAGAAACAACUACAGAGCCAACUCCUUACCCCCAUCCCAAGCACCCAAAAGUGACUCUGUGGGACCUCCCUGGGGUUGGAACACAGAAGUAUCCAAAAGAAUCAUACCUGGACGACAUCAAGUUUGAUAACUACAAUUUCUUCAUCAUCAUCACAGCUGGGCGCUUCACAGAAUCGGAUGCUAUGAUUGCCUUGCAGAUCCAGAGGAGGGAGAAGAAGUUCUACUUUGUCCGUAGCAAAGUGGAUGUAGAUUUGUUCAAUGAAGGAAAAAAACGGAAUUUCAACAAAGAGAAGACUCUGCAGACAAUCAGAGGUGACUGUGUGAAGAAGCUGGAAGACCUAGGUGUGAGCUCCCCACAGGUUUUCCUGGUGUCGAGAUGGGACUUUGACAAGUAUGAUUCUCCCCAACUGCAGGAGACAUUUUUGUCGGAACUGGAUACUCACAAGAGACAUGUUCUCCUCUGUGCCCUGCCCAGUACCUGUGAACCAAUCUUGAAAGUGAAAAAGAAGGCCCUGGAGGAACAGAUCUGGAAACAAGCCCUGAAAUCAUCUGCUGUCGCUGCUGUUCCGGUGCCGGGUCUCUCGAUUGCAUGCGAUGUCGACAUCUUGGUGGCGAGCAUGACCGAGUAUUGCAAGGCCUUUGGCCUGGACGACGAUUCCCUCACUUCACUUGCUAAGCAGUUUGGGAAGUCCAUUGAUGAGCUGAAGUCUGUGAUACAGUCUGCAAUGGUCAAAAAUAUAACCAGAGAGGAGGCUUUGAAGAGGCUCAAAGAGGCUACUGGGGUAGAAGGGAUGGUAGCUAAAAGUCUGCUCUGCCUGAUACCGCUGAUUGGUACCAUAAUAGCAGCACAAAAUUCUUACGAAGUCACAUAUGCCAUGCUCCAGGUGUUUUUGAAUGAAGUUGCAGCAGAUGCUGAACGAGUCCUGAAAAAGGCUUUGGAAGGAGCAGAGAACAACCAAUAAAAAUGUCCCCAGUCAGAGAUUCUCCCCAGUUUCCCAGGAUGAGCUGCCACACCCCCAGUUCCAUUUCGGGUGUCUCUGGUGCCAUACUCUGCGAUCACAUCACCCUUUCACCGAGACCCUUAUUCCACGGGCAGAGGGCGGCUGGUCCACCCAACACCCGGGGUCUCCUAAGAAGGUGGAUGUGUGUAUGGUCCUAUACUAGGUAACUCUCACUGUAUGCUAUUAGCUAAUUCCAGUUGCUUGCUCAGGCUCCAUGAGGGCUACCAUCCGGGGUAUUCAAAUGCAUUUGCACGAUCAUUGCCAUGGGCUUCGUACUGUUUGCAAUUUUAACACCAAUUAAAAUAAAAAUGGUUUGAUGUUGG